CGUUUUCUAACCGGGCUUCCGUAGAUGGUGCACAAGUAUGCGCACAAGAAUGCGCACAAGAAUGCGCGUGAGUAGCUUUUGGCGCCCGUGCUGUUGAGCCACACUUUUGUAGACAUAAAGAAUCAACUGACCGCGUGGAAAAGAAGUGCCGUUGGAGCGAUUCUCUUGUUUUAGGAUCACAAAAUGGGAAAGAAGCAGAAUACCAAGAGUAAGAAGGAUGCACAGGAUACACAGGAGGAACCUGAAGAAUUCGUUGUGGAAAAAGUGCUGGACCAGCGUGUUGUGAAUGGGAAAGUAGAAUUCUACCUCAAGUGGAAAGGAUUUACAGAUGCUGAUAAUACUUGGGAACCAGAGGAGAACCUGGAUUGCCCUGAGCUGAUUUCAGCAUUUUUGGAGGCUCAGAAGAACGUUAAGGAGAAACCUGCACCUGUUAAGAGGAAGGCCUCCACGGAAGAGCCAGAGACUGAACCUAAGAAGAAGGAUGUGGCUGAGAAACCACGUGGUUUUGCUAGGAACCUCGAACCCGAGCGAAUCAUUGGCGCAACAGACAGUAGCGGGGAGUUGAUGUUCUUGAUGAAAUGGAAAGACUCGGAUGAGGCAGAUUUGGUCCCAGCCCGUGAGGCCAACACCCGCUGUCCUCAGGUGGUCAUAUCCUUUUAUGAGGAGAGACUGACCUGGCAUUCCUGUCCAGAGGAUGAAGCCCAGUAGUUCUUCUCUGCAACCCAUGCAGUAGUCUACAUCAACAUUGUCAACCUUUUCCUCAGGACUGGAUUUCUCCUGACUUGCCUUCUAGGUCUAGCUAAAUUAGUCUUCUUUUUUUUUUUUUUUUUUGUUUCUUUUUUAUUUUGGAAGAAGUUUCAACACUUGCAUGGCAGUCGGUGAGUUCUGUUGUAAAUAUAAGCUUAGCCGAUUGUGAGAACAGGUGAUAGUGUUUUGAUUAAGAAGUAAAGAAAGAAGCCUUCUUGUAUUAUUGUGAAUGACUGAUCUCUUUAGCCCCUUUUCAGACACGAGAUGUACAACAAUGUUGGCUUCAGCAGUCUGCUCAGCAAUCUGUUAUUCCAACAUGGAUUGCGCUUGUGUUCCUAAUGGCUUCAUUUAAAUGUAUCCAAGAUGGUGAAGGAGAGCUCUGUAGUACGCACAAUUUAGCCAUACAUUCAGAAGGCUUGUUUGUGGGUGAGGUGCAACUACAGUUUUGAUUGGUUUUCUCACCCUUUUUCAAUAACAGCACAGGAUCUGACUGUGUGUCGUUCAGAGCUGUGCACUUCCUUCUGAAGUGUGAAUAGUAAAAAUGCUUCAUGGAGGAAUGAUACUGUAUUUAAAGUCAAUAGCUAAAGUUAAGACUAAAUGUGAUGCAUAGAUUUGAAAUUUAGGGCAUUAACUAGUGAGCUUUGCAACUCAGAGAUUCACAAGAUACAAGUACAGUUGUAAUCCAGUGCAUGCAUGUCAUUAAUAAUACUUGGUUUAGUUUAGGUGCUCAUUUAGACUUGAAGUCAACACAUUCAGAUGCAGCCAGAUUCAUGGAAGCGAGUGCACAGCUGAAAAAGGACUGUUGAUUAGGGCCACCUUCAUCUUUGUUUAAAUGUUUUAAAUUCCAAAACACUUUUCUCACUCUGCCACAUUCUUGCUCAUGUUUUCUACUGUAGUGAUGUUUUGUUCCAUAAAUACUUUUUGUAUACUGUCUUUAAAUAUUGUUUGUCGUUCUAAUAAAGGUUUUAUGCCAGA